AUGGUCUCAGCUGUGUGCAACACGGCUGAGGUGGCAGCAUUGUCCUUCAGCUACAGCAGCUUCGAUCAAUGCAGCGAUUCCAUCAAGCUGUACGGAGAGGUGUCUUGUAUGAAUUCCGGGAUACAACUGACCGGCUUCGGGUAUUACGUGAUCGGCCAGGCCAGAUACUUCAAGCCAAUGCACCUCUGGGAUGCCACCACGGGCGAUGUCGCCAGUUUCACUACCACGUUCACCUUUGAUAUCAUCAGUAAUGUUGACAGUAACAAAAAUGGCAGUAUGGGUCCUCGUCGUGCUGUGACGGUCUGGCAUUCUUCCUGGCACCGCAAAACUACAGCAUCCCAGUGGGUGGGGGAGCCAGCGGAAGCAGUAUGGUUCUGUGUGUAUAGGCGUUUCUGUUGGAGGCAGAAUGCGGAUAAAAGUCCGUUGGCUGACCGCGAAUUGGAUCAAUGCCGGAGUGAAAUACAUCCCACCAGUUCCCAGUCGUUGAUCUACGGGAGCGAGGGAUACCUGGCUCCCGAGGUUUUGGAGACUGGGAAGUCGACUAAAAGCUCCGACGUCUUCAGCUUUGGGGUGGUGGCUCUGCAAAUAGUUAGUGGGAAGUCGGCGUAUGUUAUCAACAAUUCAGCCCAACGUCGUCACAUUGUGGAGUGGGCAUGGGGCCUAUAUGGGGAGGGUCAUGUUGAAGCUGUAGUAGACCCUAAGCUAAAUGGUGUGUUUGUGGAGGAACAGGUCCGUCGUUUGUUGGAAGUGGGUCUUCACUGUGCUCACCCAGAUCCCUCCCGCUGGCCUCGGAUGAAGGACGCCAUGGAUGCAAUGAACUUCAGGGAUCCAUUGGCAUUGGCCCCUCUGCCGUUGCAAUAUCCCACCAACCGUAGUUCCCAGGCCGGCCUCCUCCCUUCGCUGUCGCGAAUCCUCGAAGAAUCGCCGACAGUUUCCUCAUUGCAGCAGCCAGUAUUAUCAUCAUCAGGAGUUGUUCCACCGCCACAUGAUCAGCCCGUCGCAAGUAUCGCUAGAGCUCGGGCAGCUGUUUCCCGGCUCCAUCGCACGGUCUAG